AUGAAGUUGUUAUGGAGUACAUUGAAGGAGUUGGCAACGAAGCAUCAGACACUCACUAAAGCCAGCAAGGAGGUGACAGAGCGAUGCAAAGAACUUCACGAGUUGAUCAUCCUCCAAGAACACAAGAUCAACUCACAGAUCAAUGACAGAGUGCAUCAAACAUCAUCAACAAUCAAUGACAUCAUCAAUGAGAUUGAGACUAUCAAUAAUGUGUUCAAAUCAUCAAAGAAUAAGAUCAAUGAUGGUAUGGAGAUGGACAACAUCGUUCAAUCAAUCACAUCAAGUACAACCAUCGAUCAAUUCAUCGAUCAAUCAUUCACAUCAACAUCACCAAACAAUGAUCAAUCAAUCGAGAUCAAUGACACUGAACUGUUGACAUUGGUGCAACAGAGCACCAAACACAUGAUCACAUCACAAUACAAUGUUCAUAUACCUGUGUGCCAAUUGGACAUUGACCUCGACAUGUACGAUUCAAUCAAGAACCAACUCAAGUCGUGCAUCGAGUUCAUUGAAGAGACACCAGACCACUACAGUCGUUUAAUUAUCUUGGCUGAAGACUCCAUAUCAUUCUACUCGCCAUUGUCCAAGACAUGGUCAGUGAUCAAUCACCAACAUAUCCCAUGGUCAAUACUGACCACUGCAGUCUGUGCCAAUGAUCUAAUCUUUUUAUUCGAUGGCUACGAUCGUCCAUCCAUUCAUACCUGGUUCAACUUGAAAAGAGGAGAAUGGGAAAGAAUAAUCGAGAAGACGUCUGAUUAUAUCAAAUCUUCAUCAUCCUUUGAUGGCGGUGAAAUGGUCUACAUGCUCAUCGAUUGUGUAGAUGAUGACAACGACCAAGAACAAGUGAGCAAAGUGUACAGAUUCAAUAUCAAUGAGCAAAAGUAUGAUGAUCUUGGAAACUUGCCCAUAUAUCUGGCGAGGCCGCAACUCUACUUCCAAGACAACGAGCUCAUAUGUGUUGAUGGCAUUACACCAGAGGGCCAGCAAAGCAAGUCCAUCAGCGUGUUCAAUCUGACCACAAAGUUGUUGGUGAGGCAAGUCAGCUUACCUUGGAGCGUCACAUCUUGUUGUCACGAUGGCAAUGACCUGCUAUACAUGCUGUCAGAGGAGGGUCAAUUCAUCAGUGUAUCAAUGACAACGUGGAAGACAACAGAGCUGGCACCACUGCCAUUCAACGAAGAUGUAGCAAGGAAUGAACUAUGUCGUGGUCCACAACGAGGAUCACUAUAUUACCUUCAACUCAAUGAUGAUCACAACUAUCGAUACUCAAUCAGGCUGAAUGAAUGGACCAAGUUGGACAUCAAUGAUCCUGUCACUCGACCAAACGGGAACUUUGUACUCCUUGUCUCCGAGGAGUAUUCGGGAUUCCAUUUCGGUUGA